ACCUUGUUCAUCCGGCAGCCCGCGGUGCCGGCUGCCCGCAGUUGUGCCGGGGUCGGGGCGGCGUGGGGUUGCGGAGCGGUGCUGCUGCAUGGCGGUAGCAGCUGAGGAGCGGAGCGCUCCUUAUGGUCCAUCCCGUGGCAGUCCGGGGCGCCUCUAUGGGAAACGAGCGUGUCCCUGCUCCGGUUACCUUUGCACUAAAGUUCCAGUUCGCUUUGUCCUGCUGCCCCUAAAGCUUCCCUUCCCUUCCCUUGGGGUACAGUUGAGUGAGGUACGAUCAACGCUGAGGCUCGCUUCAGAGCGCUUCUCUUCUCUGGCCUUGGCAUUGCACGGGUCAGCUAGAUGGGUGGCUGGUUAAGGUGGUCAGUGUCAAUUAGUUGUGAAGAAUAACUUCAGAGGGAACUUGGGCUCUGGAACAGACUCCCCGAGGUCGUGGCACUGAGCUGCUGGAGUUCAAGCAGUGUUUAGUCACAGCUCUCAGAUGUGGGGUUUGGUUUUGGGUGGUUCUGUGUGCAGCAGUGGGUUGGACACCGUGAGUCCCUCCGGAUAACUCAAGGUGUUCUACCAGUCUGGCUGUGGUUUAAGUAAUCGAGAUAGUGCUAUUUUGCAUCUAUUCCAGGUAUUUCUUGGUGACAGAUAUUAGUUUGCAAGUAAAUACAGACUCUUGUGAAGCAUUGCUUGUCUGGCAGUGUGAGAAGCAUAUUGUGCUUCCACCUAUGGAGGGCUUGUGAGAGCCCAGGUGUAUUGGCUUAGUAAGUUUAAUGUGUUGAAUGUUAAAGCAGCUUGGUGUGAUAAAAUUUUAAGCUUUAAAUAGUGGUUAGAACAUAUUUUGAGAAAUGUAUGAAAUUCCUGCAAAUCUAUAAUGAUUUUCCUUUUAAGACAAAGAGAUCUGUUGCAUAAAGGCUUGUGACUCAGAAGUGACAGUCUUUGUUCAUGGUACUCCUAACAAGCUUAGAUCUGCAAGACUGUGCAGUGGGAGAGGAGGAAACGAUGAGAACUCAUAUUGAACUGAGAGAGGGUUUGUUUUUUCUCUUCAAGCUUUAUGGGGAGUUCUUCACUAAAAUGGCAAAAGUUCUCAGCCUUCCAAGGGCUGAUGCAGUGAAAUGCUUCUCCCUGCUGCUCAGUCACUGCUGAAGCAUGCGCUGAUGUUCUGGCAUUAGCCAAAGAAGCUAGAAAGCGGAAUCUUGGUCCUCUUCAUCCUUCAUUCAAUGUGAUAAAGAUAAUAAGAGAUGGAUUGAUGAGAAAUCUGCCAGAAAACACUCACCUGUUGUCAUCAGGCAGACUGUGCAUUUCACUGACUAGAGUCUCAGAUGGUAAAAACACACUGAUAUCUAAUUUUAACUCUAAAGAAGAAGUUGUCCAGGCAUUGAUCUGUAGUUCAUUUGUCCCAAUUUAUUGUGGCCUAAUUCCGCCAUCGUUUAGAGGUGUGGACCUACUGUUUCUGUCUGAUGCCUUAGGAAGGUUAGGAAGGAGGAAAACGGAGCCACUAAAAACAGCAAAGUUGCGCUAUGUGGAUGGAGGAAUCAGUGACAACUUGCCUCAGUAUGAAUGUAAGAAUACCAUCACCAUUUCACCUUUUGCUGGGGAGUGUGAUAUCUGUCCGAAGGGGAAUUCUGCCAACUUUCAUGAAAUGAACGUGACCAACACCAGCAUUCAGCUCAGUCUGGGGAACCUUUAUCGUUUAACACAAGCGCUCUUUCCACCAGAACCUAAGGUGUUAGGAGAGAUCUGUGAACAAGGAUAUUCAGAUGCUUUUAAAUUCUUGAAAGAGAAUGGUAUUCUGAAUGACUCAAUUUAUGUCAGCUUGUCCUUCACAAAAACAAAUCCUCAUGAAGCUACACAACACAUUGACUACGUGAAGAAAAAAAAUAAGUCUGAAAAGAAUAGGGUGGAAACUUCACAAGUGGAAGUACUCAGUGAUCAGAUGAAGCAAAAUCCGUGGCCUCUGGAGAAGAGCAUAUUUGAGAGUCUACCUCCUAGGCUUCGUAAAGCACUUCAGGAAGCUUGCAAAGAACCAAAUGGAUUCUGUGCUCAGUUCUCUAAACUCUUCCCUGUCCGGGUGAUAUCCUAUCUGAUGCUACCAUAUACACUACCUGUGGAGUCUGCUUAUUCUGCUGCUUUACGGUUAGUAAACUGGUUUCCUGACAUGCCUGCUGAUGUUCAAUGGAUGCAAGAACAACUUCUUCAGAUUGCUGGUACAGUUUAUUCCCAGGCAAAAAAGAGGCUGUUCUGUACAUCCAGGAAAGACAGUUACACACCACUGAGACUGAGUCAGACUGCCCCAUCUACUGUGGAAUUUCGUUCUUCAUACUGCCAUCUUAAAAUGCCUCAUUCUUCUGCAGAUAUUGAAACCUGGCUCUGGGAAUCUUCAUGUUACAUGGACUCGGUUAUGAAACAUACUUCUAAGACAAAGGAGCAGUCAGUCUUAAGCUCCUAUCCUAAUUUUCUCCCAAAUUCUGAUGAGUCUGGUUUGGAAAUAGAUUUUGACUCUUCUUCAGAGUCAAGUUUCCAAACUGCUCCAGAAUAUUAAUUUGGAAAUAGAUUCCACAGCUUCCAAAAUUCCAGUUUGGCAGAGAAAUUUAAAUCCCAAAGGACUGAAAGUCACUUUGUUUAUUGCCAAUAAGUCUUGGAAAAAUGUUUACAGCUUCCUGAGAAAUCUGCCUUUGGAAUUCUGCUGUUUUAUGGAUCAUUGAAACAGUGGCUGCUAUAGGAAGUGACGGACUACGUGUCUGUCAAAGCAUCAGCUCAGUAAACUAUAGUAAGGUUUGUAGUAAACAGCGUCUUUCUGGAAAUGAGAUUUUGUUUUUUAAAUCUGCUUUCAGGACUAAAGUGUAAAUUCUGUAAACAUCUUGUUAAACAAACAUUGAUAACAAAAGCUUUUUAAAAACAUAAUUCCUGAUAAUGUGUUUUAGGUUUACUUUUAUAGCACUUAAUGAAUUUGAAUUUGUACUUCAUAAAGGGAAAUACACACUUGUGCUUUUUAGUGGCUUCCCAUGUCUGUAUGCCUUAUGUUAAACAUACUGUUCUAUUUAUGGGACAGUUGUCUGCAUGAGAUAAUGUAGGAACAGUGUUAAUCUAUGUUUUUGUCCAUAUUGCAUAGUUGAUAUGACUGCUUGGGUUCCUCUGUGACUCUUCUCCUUCUUAAACACUUCAGUGAAAAAAGUCAUGAGAACUGGGAUGCUUUCACCUCAGAUGUAAUCAUGUACAGUUUCAGUGACUUCAUAGGACUUCUGUGCGCUCAGUAAGAGCUUAAUACUUGACUAAGUAUUGAAAGGUAGGUUAAAAUAGCAGUUGCGAAUAGUAAUUUUAGGUGUUAAACUUUAUGGCAGAUAGGAACAUACUUCAGUGUAUAUUGAGUGGUGGCUAAUGUUUUGGUCUUCUCUCUAAUUGCUGCCCAAUCAUUCUUGAUCCAUUUAUAUCACUUCUAGCUCAGGACAUUUUUCUGCUCUUCCUUCACUUUCCUUUCGCUGGAAGUGAGUUGGGGGGGGGAAGAAAAAAAAGGUUCCUUUCUGGCUCUGAGAGGCCUGGCAGCCCAAGGAGAGCUUUCCAAGACAAAGCAAAUCUGUAAGACUUGGUAUGAAAUGGCAGUAUCCAGGCCUUGUGCCAAGGGUCUCAAAUAAUGGGUUGGAAGUGGACCAAAUUGCAUCUGUAUUGAGUGAUAAGGGCUGUAAACACUUCCCUCAAUGAAGGUUCUGUGUAAAUGUUAGAAAGAUGAUGCAUCAGUGUGUGAAUACUUCAGAAGUAGUACCUGUUGAGAUGAAUUACCAUCCUGCUGUUUUAGUAUCGUGUUUGUUUCCUUUUGAAGUGGAAGGAAGCAGUUCUGUCUUUGGAGGUCAGGUUGCCACAUGCUUGCAGCAGGUGCAUGGUGUUUGCAGGCUUCAUAUGUGUGGAUAUCUCUUUCAUGGAGUGGGAGCUCAGGGGGAGCACCGUGGUGUGGGAGGAGCAGGGCUAACAGGUAUGUGAGGGAGAGAGAAGGGGAUGUUUCCUUCAGGAGUGUCACUGUGGGUACAUAAAGGUUUCCAAGGAGCAAGUGUUGCUGCAUCGGACCAGUCUUAGAGCAGUUUUUCAGCUGCCAUUCCCCUCAGCUUCAAGUACUAAAUAAUAGUAAAGCAUGAAAAUGACGUUUUGUUUGGGGGCCAAACAGCUCCACUGUCACGUUGUUGUUACGGACACCGGGUGCUAUUCUACUUUACCUGUUCAGUUCCUGUCUCAAAUAGAAACAUUAUUAAAACCACCGUUAAAUGAUGAAA